CACGUGGCUCUUGAAAGAAGUUUGCACCUGAGCAGACUUGAUGGCUGGAAUGAUGAGAGCACUGAGGAGAGGCUUCCUUCUGAGGGAGGAGCUGCAGGUCAACUGAGGUCAUGAUGGAGGAAACAGCAGGAACAGAGCAGGACACACACCCUCGCUCACUGGGCGAGUGAGUUUCCGUGAGCAGGAUCAGAAGGAGCUGAGCUCAGCUGGAAGCUUCACCUGUAAACAUGGACACAAGUCUUCAGACCAGAGAAGAGCUGCGAACAGGUGUGGACAGAGAGGAGGAAGCUCCUCCCUCUAAAGCCCUUCUGGGUGAGGACCAUGGCAGCCAGACCAGAGCUCAGAGAUCAAAGCCACUCACAUCAGAAGCUGCUGGACGAGGGCAAGGACCUGGACCCGCUCCCAACUGUGAGUCUCUGAAGAGUGACUGGUCUAUAGGAAGAGAUAUUAACUUCAGAGGAGGGCAGGACCAUCAGAGGAGGAGCAGGUUGAAUCAGGAGAAACUGGACUCUGAACUCACCUGUGAGUCUCUAAACAGUGACAGGUCGAUGGAUCUUCUCAUUGAUUUCAAAGGUGGACAAGAGCCUUCAGGAGAGAGAGAGGAUCAGCAGGUCUCAGAUGUUCUCAGUCUCCAGUGUGUCCAGCAGCAUCAGACAGAUCUGGACUCCACACUUCAGCUGCUUGAGGAGAGUGUCAUGACCCUGGUGAAGAAGGAAGUGAGGAGAGUCCAAAGGUUCCUCAGUCCAGAUGAUUCCAAAUACCAGGAUGAUGAGGAAGAGGUGAAGGUGAAGUGUGAUGAGGAGCAGAUAAGGAGCAGCAGAGAAGCUUUCCAGGACUUCAUCAUGAACCUCCUGAGGAGCAUGAAGGAGGAGGAGCUUGCUGAUCGUGUGUGGAGCAGAAGUCGUGCUGGAACGUGUGCAGGACGACUGAAGAGGAGCCUGCAGAAGAAGUUCCACAGUGUGUUUGAGGGGGUGGCUAAAGCAGGAAACUCUGCCCCUCUGAAUCAGAUCUACACAGAGCUCUACAUCACUGAGGGGGGCACAGACCAGGUCAACCAGGAGCACGAGGUCCGACAGAUCGAAGCAGCAACCAGGAACCAGACCAGAGCAGAAACUACCAUCAGACCAGAAGACCUCUUUAAAGCUUCACCUGAGAGAGAGGGACCCAUCAGGAGCCUGCUGACGAAGGGCGUGGCUGGCAUUGGGAAGACCCUCCUGACCCAGAAGCUGACUCUGGACUGGGCUGAAGACAAAGCCCACCAGAACUUCCAGCUCAUGUUUCCUUUCACCUUCAGAGAGCUGAACCUGCUGAAAGAGAAGCAGUUGAGUUUGGUGGAACUUGUUCAUCGCUUCUUUCCUGAAACCAAAGACUCAGGACUCAGCAUCUUUGAAGGAGUCCAGGUUCUGUUCAUCUUGGACGGUCUGGACGAGUGUCGACUGCAUCUGGACUUCAACAGUCGGGUCCUGACAGAAGCUACAGAGUCCACCUCAGUAGACGUCCUGCUGACCAACCUCAUCAGGGGGAAGCUGCUUCCCUCAGCUCACCUCUGGCUCACCACACGACCUGCAGCAGCCAAUCAGAUCCCUCCUGAGUGUGUGGACAUGGUGACAGAGGUCCGAGGGUUCACUGACCUCCAGAAGGAGGAGUACUUCAGGAAGAGGUUCAGAGAUGAGGAGCAGACCACCAUCAUCUCUCACAUCCAGAGCUCACGAAGCCUCCACAUCAUGUGUCACAUCCCCAUCUUCUGCUGGAUCACUGCCACAGUUCUGGAGGACAUGUUGAAGAGCAGAGAGAGUGGAGAGCUGCCCAAGACCCUGACUGAGAUGUACAUCCACUUCCUGGUGGUUCAGGCCAAAGUCAAGAAGCUCAAGUACCAUGGAGGAGCAGGGACAGACACAGUUUGGGACCCUGAGAGCAGGAAGAUGAUCAAGUCUCUGGGAAAACUGGCUUUUGAGCAGCUGCAGAGAGGAAACUUGAUCUUCUAUGAAACAGACCUCACAGAGUGUGGCAUCGACAUCACAGCUGCUGCAGUUUACUCAGGAGUCUUCACACAGAUCUUCAGAGAGGAGAGAGGACUGUACCAGGACAAGGUCUUCUGCUUCAUCCACCUGAGUCUCCAGGAGUUUCUGGCUGCUCUUCAUGUCCACCUGAAGUUCUCCAACUCUGGAGUCAAUCUGCUCCAUUCACAGCAAACAUCCGUACUGAUAAGAAUCUUCAGAAAGAAUGUUCUUCCUGAACAGUUCUACCAGAGAGCAAUACAUGAAGCUGUAGAAAGUCCUACUGGACAUCUGGACUUGUUCCUGCGCUUCCUUCUGGGUCUUUCUCUGCAGAGCAGCCAGAGACUCCUUCCAGGUUUGUUGCCACAGACAGGAAGUAGCUCAUGGACCCAGCAGAACACAGCAGAGCUCAUCAAGAAGAAGAUAAAUGAGAAAGUGUCUCCAGAGAGAAUCAUCAAUCUGUUCCACUGUCUGAGUGAAGUGAAGGACACUUCUCUAGUGGAGCAGCUUCAACAGCAGCUGAGAUCAGGACGUCUCUCCACAAAGCAACUGUCUCCUGCUCAGUGGUCCACCCUGGCCUUCAUCUUAUUGUCCUCAGAGGAAGAUCUGGAGGUGUUUGACCUGAAGAAAUACUCUGCUUCAGACAAGGCUCUUGACAGGCUGCUGCCGGUGGUUCAAGCUUCAAAAGCUGUUCUACUGAGAGACUGUCAGCUGUCAGAGAGAAGUUGUUCCCUUCUGUCCUCAGUCCUCAGCUCUCCGUCCUCUCGUCUGACACAACUGGACCUGAGCUACAACAGCCUGAAGGAUCCAGGAGUGGAGCUGCUGUGUGCUGGACUGAAGAGUCCACACUGUCACCUGGAGACUCUCAGCCUGAGCUGGUGUGAUCUGUCAGAGAGAAGUGGUUCCCUUCUGUCCUCAGUCCUCAGCUCUCCGUCCUCUCGUCUGACACAACUGGACCUGAGCCACAACUACGGCCUGAAGGAUCCAGGAGUGGAGCCGCUGUGUGCUGGACUGAAGAGUCCACACUGUCACCUGGAGACUCUCAGCCUGAGCUGGUGUGGACUGUCAGAGAGAAGUUGUUCCCUUCUGUCCUCAGUCCUCAGCUCUCCGUCCUCUCGUCUGACACAACUGGACCUGAGCUACAACAAUCUGAAGGAUCCAGGAGUGGAGCUGCUGUGUGCUGGACUGAAGAGUCCACACUGUCACCUGGAGACUCUCAGCCUGAGCUGGUGUGGACUGUCAGAGAGAAGUGGUUCCCUUCUGUCCUCAGUCCUCAGCUCUCCGUCCUCUCGUCUGACACAACUGGACCUGAGCUACAACUACAUGUAUGAUUCAACACUGAAGCUGCUGUGUGCUGGACUGAAGAGUCCACACUGUCACCUGGAGACUCUCAGUCUGUCAGGGUGUAUGAUCUCAGAGAAGGACUGUGCUUCUCUGGCCUCAGCUCUGACCUCUAACCCCUCCCAUCUGAGAGAGCUGGACCUGAGCUUCAACCAUCCAGGAGGACCAGGACUGGAGCUGCUGUCUGCUGGACUGGAGAGUCCAGACUGGAGGCUGGAGACUCUCAGGCUGGAUCACUGUGGACCACAGAGGUUAAUAUCUGGAUGGGAGAGAUACGCCUGUCCACUCUCACUGGACCCAGACACAGCUCACCGGCGCCUCCUGCUGUCCAACAACAACAGCAUGGUGGAACUAGUGACGGAGGAUCAGGAUUAUCUGGACCAUGACGACAGGUUUGAGCGGUGUCCUCAGGUGAUGAGCAGAGAUGCUGUGACUGGUGUCUGUUACUGGGAGCUGGAGUGGAGAGGAAGAGUUUCUGUGGCAGUGACUCUCAGGAGAGACGGAGGGAAGGAAGACGAGUCUGAGUUUGGACAGAACCAUUAUUCCUGGAGUCUGAGCUGCUCUGAUGAUGCUGGAUAUAAAUUCUGUCACAAUAAGAGAGAAACUGUCAUCGAGAGCUCAAAAGUCUCUCACAGAGUUGCAGUGUUGCUGAAUGCACCUCCUGGAACUUUAGAGUUCUUCAGAGUCUCCUCUGGAGUCCGGACUCACCUGCACAUCUUCCCCACCCCCACUGAACCUCUGUACCUGGGAUUUGGACUCGGAAAGGUUCCUGGUUCUGGUUCCUCUGUGUGUGUGUGUGACCUGAAUGUGUGAGUGUGUUCCUCCAACAAACUGGUGUUGCUGGUUCAAAUCCCCAUCCAAACUGCAGACAGUGAGGAAUGAAAUCAAAUUUAAGAGGUGGUUGAAAACAUUUUCCCACCACUGUAAAUGAAUAGAAAAUCUGGAUUCCCCUCUGGAUCUUUGUCUUUUCCCACCAAGAUUCCCCACUGAAAGGAUUAGAAUGGUAGCAGUAAGGAAGCGUGCAGCUGAGCUCCUCUCAGUGGAUCAGCAACCGUAACUGUAUGAAUAACAGUCGAAGCUCAGCGUCAUGGAAAAUGACUCGCACUGUACCACAGAGGACUCUCCAUUUGAAUUCCUCCCAUUGGGUCAGUGUUUUGGGUUGCUACAAGACGUUGAUAUAGACAUAGAUUAAAGCAUUUAAAUCAUGUUUUAUGUAUCAUUUUUAAAUACAUUGGUGUUGUUUAAAAUCAUGCAUAAUAACU